AUGGCAAAACGACAUGAUGGUCGAGAUGUUUCACAGCGAGUUAGACCCACUGUUCACAAUGGACCGUUUACCGACCGAGACCAGAUACUCCAUCAGCUGCGUGGACUGAAAGAAAGAGAGCACCGAGUCGAAGCUCUCAAAUCAAUCUCGUCUGAUGCGCACUUCUUCCGCAGCACUGGAAAAAUGUAUAAGCCUCUCACCAAGGAAAAUUUAUCCGCAUACUACAAGGUUUAUUCAAUGGUUCCAUGUUACAACAAAUCUAUCAUGAUAUACACCUUGGAUCCAAAGCGGGAGGCUGAUUGUAUUGGUACCGGCAUUCUCAAGUUCCUCGAUAUCUGGAUGUACCGACAAUGGUUCAAACCCUACGAGUCUGACAUUGACUUUGGCCGCUAUGUUGCCAAGACCUUUCUGUUGCAAUGGAAGGAAGAGUCUCAGAAGCCCACCCUUGAUGAUAUCAACAACUUCCACAAGGGUCUAUGCCAUGAUCUGAAAGGCGCCAUGUUCAAAGACAUGCCAUUGGAGACAAUCGAGGAUUUGAAGAAACACCACUUGAGCAGACUCAAAGGCCCGUUUCUGACUCAAGAAGACAUACUCACUGCUUUCCAUCAGUCAUAUGUCUUACAACCUACUUUCCAGUCCUUUUUCAUCGUCCUACAACGAACAAAUGGGUUUACCAAUGGGCCAUUCAGAGCUGAUGAUGUAGGCAACAUUCCGGUUCUUCUGGUUUGCACAGUAUGUCACAAUCAAUUCCAUUGUGGGGAAAAAUUCAACGACACCCUAGGCCCUUGCUGCAGUAUGCAAACAACCAUGAAAACAGCGAUAGGAUUUAUCAUGCAUCUUGAAAAGAACUUUAAGAAGACUGCAAAGGUGCUGCCAACCGGUAUGAAGCCCUACGGUAGUUACCUCGAUAUCGAGCAGGAAGCUGAGAAGAUGGGUUGGGAUACCGACAAGCAUGGCAAACUACCCCUGGAUCAGCCGUCUUCCACAUGGGUAGACAGGAGCAAGUACACCGAAUGGACGGGUGCUGGGGCUUUAAGGCAUGCUACAUCGGUGAUUACCGGAAUCAAGUAUCUGGGAACGACCAGACGCAAAAUUCCAAUGGAUGAUCACUGGUGGUGGUAUGAGUCUGAGUUGGAAGCAACUGAAACACCAAUGUAUCGUUUCCAGUUGAUGUGUGUAUUCGCCUACGCCGCCUUGGGCACAGUUCUUUCUCUUGGCGUUAUCUCGUUCUGGUUGCUCUGUUGGAUGGGGUGGAUACCGGAAUAA